AUGGCCGCCCAGCUCCCCGUCCCGUUCUUCAACGCCGUCGCUGACAUCUACCCCGCCAACACGGUGCCCCGCGAAGGUGCGCGAUGGGCCGCCCUGGCCUCGCAGUUCGAGACGGCCUAUGGUGCGCCGCCCACCGCUGUUGCGCGUGCUCCCGGCCGUGUCAACAUUCUGGGCGAGCACGUCGACUACUCGCUUUUCCCCGUCCUCCCCGCUGCCAUUGAGCAGGACAUUAUCAUCGCUCUCCGCCCCACUUCGUCGUCUGAGCGCAAGUGCCGCCUCGCCAACGUCCUCCCCAGCUUCAAGCCGUGCGAGUUCACCCUCACCCACUCGGCGGAGAAGGGCUGGGACGCCGGUCUGAUCCCUCCCAAGGAGGGCGGUGGCUGGGAGAACUACGUCAAGGUCGCCAUCCUCGAGUGCCUUGCUCGCUACUUCCCCGACGGUCCCGGCGAGAAGGCUCCUGUCGGCCUCGACCUCCUCGUCUCGGGCAACUCCUCGGCCGCGUUUGUUGUCUCGUCUGUCCUCAUGUUCCUCGUUGCCAACGGCCUCACCGAGGGCAUCACAAAGGGCGACGUCGUCAAGAUGGCCAUUGCUAGCGAGCACCGCAUGGGUCUCCGCACUGGCGGCAUGGACCAAUCGGCAUCGGCUCUCGGCGAGGAGAGCUCGCUCCUCCACAUCUCCUUCCACCCCACCCUCGAGGCGACCCCCGUGCGUCUCCCUGCCAGCCUGGCUGUUGUGAUCACCAACUCGCUGGCUCCUCACGCACUCGCCGACAGCGCUCCCGAGCGCUACAACCUGCGUGUGGUGGAGGUCCUUGUCGCGUCGCGUCUGCUCCUGCACGCGUGGGGCAUCGACGCCCCUCGCAUGACCAAGGCCGGCGAGGAGGGGCGUAUCUGGCUCAAGGAGGCUCUUGACCUCUGGGCCCAGUCGGGAUCCGAGGUCGAGGUGUACGAGCGUGCCCUCAAGGCCCUCCCCGCUGUUCUCGGCAAGGACGGUCGCGGCGAGCGCGGCUGGACCCGCGAGGAGAUGAUCGAGGCCUCUGGCAUGUCCGAGGAGGCCUUCACCAAGACCUACCUCGACUUUGUCCCCACCCGCGCUUCCCACUACCACCUGCUCAAGCGCGCCGAGCACACGUUUGCCGAGUCGCUCCGCGUCGCCCGCUUCAAGGAGCUGUGCGCCGACAUUGCUGCCAACCCCGCCGCGGGCCCCGCUUCCGCCGACCCCCGUACCGCCGAGCUCGGCACGCUGCUCGACGGCUCGCACGACUCGCUCCGUGACCUGUUUGACUGCACCGUUCCCGAGGUCGAGCACCUUCGUGACCUGUGCCUCAAGCACGGUUCGCUCGGCUCGCGCCAGACUGGUGGCGGCUGGGGUGGCGCCGUCAUCUCGCUCCUGCCUGUUGACCAGGUGCCCGACUUCCUGGCCAAGGUCAAGGCCGAGUUCCCGUCCUACGCCAAGCUCAACGCCGAGGAGCUCGACGAGGCCGCGUUCGCCACCAUGCCCGGUGUCGGUGCUGGUGUGUACAUUGUUGACGCUCCUGUCGCCAACGGCCACUAG